CUACACUAAGUGGAAAUGUUGGGCCAGUUAAUUGUCGUUGCUUUACUAGCCUUUGGCUGUGCAAACGCUGACACCACUGGUACCGUUGGUGGACGUAUUGUUGGUGGCACCGACGCAGAAAUACGUCAAUAUCCACAUCAGAUAUCGUUGCGUUACAAUGGACGUCAUUUCUGCGGUGGCAGCAUUUACCGAUCGAAAAUCAUUCUGACCGCUACACAUUGUGUCUCCGAUGAGGAUCCAACCAACAUCACCAUUGUCGCCGGUAUAACAGCACUCAAGGAACAGGGUGUCGAGGUGCCAGUUGUGAAAAUUAUUGCACACGAAAAAUACAACGCACUGAAUGACUACGAUGUGGCACUUUUGGUGUUGGCACAAAAAUUGGAAUAUAACGAACUCAUUCAGCCAAUUGCGUUAGCAAAGGAACGUCCAGUAGGCGGCUCACCCGUAACUGUGACUGGUUGGGGCACACUUGUGAGUGGUGGUGUCUUAAGUGAAACCCUGCAGCAGGUGACCGUUGAUUAUGUGGAACAAUCGACGUGUCGCAGAUCGUAUUUCUUACUGCUGACGAAGCGUAUGCUUUGCGCUGCUGUUGAGGGUGGCGGUCAAGAUGCAUGCCAAGGUGACUCCGGUGGUCCGCUCAUCGUUGGUAAUGAACAAUUGGGUGUAGUUUCAUGGGGUUUCGGCUGUGGCAGUAGCAACUUCCCCGGUGUAUACUCGUCAGUGCCGGAUUUGGCUGACUGGAUUGAGGCGACAGCUGAUGCAAUUGAAAGUGAUGAUAUCGCUGUUGAUCAAUAUUCAUUUUUGUAAA